GUGCUGGCCGACUAUCGCGUUCGCUUCCUUCGCAAGCUGGGCGAAGAGAAGAAAGGAGCAGCGCCUUCCCACCCCUAUCGAGCCUUGACAUCUGCGAUCACUGUGUUCGAUCCGCUAACAGCAACACUGGAGGAAGAUUUGCCCACAAAACCGCAACGACACCAGUGCCGCGAAUCAAGGACUGCGCCACGACGUCGCGCCAAGCAGCCAUUACCGCGCCCAUGGUACCAACGAGCCAUACAGGAGAUAUCUAAAAGUACCUGGAAGUUCACAUCAAUGAACGCAUCUCUCCCUCCAGUUGGACAUCUCUCGUACAUGCAAUGGAUGGAUGCAGCUUGCAGCCCUUGUCUGCAGAAGACCUCAUAUGCCUUCGAGGGAGUCAAUGGUCUACCGUCGUCAAACCACGGAAGAUUUGACAACGAUUUCGUGGCAAUAGACAACCAAGAAGAGGGUCAUCCUGGAAAAGACGUCUGCAACUUCUACUACGACAACAACCUUCUUGGCAUUAACCAAGGCGACGCUCUACCUCAAGCCCGAUACUCAGCUGAUUUUCAUCAGAAAAGACGGGUUCUCUACGCGUCUGUACCUCUUUUCGACUGGCCGACUCGUAGCACAGAACGUCUUCUCUGCCGUCGACCAUUCGCAAUGAGCUGCGUCAAUCGUCGUUCGCCUCAACAUGAUGACUUUGAAAAGAAGACGUGUCAUAGCAGACCUUGUUUUUUCCUUUUGGCUCCUACGCAUGGAAAUAAGAUUGAUAGCAAGUAA